AGCAUCGUUUUCACGCUUGCACAAAUUCGCGAGCAAAUGCCGAUUCUUAGCUGCCUAUAUCGUGACCGUUCAAACAACAGAGAACAUAGAACGGCGAACGGCGAACAUGAUAAAUUCAAUUUCUAAUCUAACGAUAAUUUAUAUGCUCUCAAAUUAUCAAUUUUCAUCGCGAAAUCUCUCGAAAUACUUCAAAUCCGAUUUUUCAAUGAAAUCUCGCAUUCAAUGAACUUCUCUUCUUUCCUAAUCCACAGUUCUUCGUAGAGAUGAUUAAAGAGCGAACGCGUACGUAAGCCGAUAGACAAACGAAUGCUUCUCGUAUACUAUAGCGUUAUCAAAAUCUUGAGACUUAAUCGUAAAUGAAAAGAUUACCACAGAUUCUUUCCACGAAAUUAAUGAAAUUUUAUUUUAAAGUAAUCGCUCUUCGUAGAUUGUGUGCAGUUCGGACUAAAAUUUUAAAGAUUAUACACUAAGAAAUCAAAAAAAAAAAAGAUGCGAAUGCAAAAGUAAAAUACUCCACAAGAACUAAAGUCAAAGUUAUUAAUAGGAGGAAAACAACAACAAUAACAACAACGCGACAUAACGUGCUUUAUGUGCUUCUGUGACUUGAAUUAGCUCAUUGAAUCUUUGUUUGUUUAUGGUAACGUUUACCGUUAUCAUGCCGUGGCGUUGGUUCUCAUAUGCAUUAUGGAGAUUGUUUUGAGAUCAACAAAAUCAUGCGAAACGCUGUUCGCACACAAUAUAGGACUUUUCUCGUUUCUGAUAAUUAUGGCAAAUGUAUCGCCAUAUGCUGCGGAAGCGCAAUAUCGUCCCUAUUAUCCUCAUCAGCAUAGAAAUAUCUCAUAUAUGCACCGCUUGUCAGAGUUUCACAAACAAGAAUUGCACAAUAUAGCCAUACGCUUGGAACAUUCAAUAGACACCGACAAGUAUGUCUGUGAUGGUUACUUUGAUUACGUAUGUGGUCGUAAUCGGCCAUUAUUUUCCAUUUUGGGUCAUCUGCCUCAUUCCGGCGAACUAAUACUCCUUCUAAAGCAACUGCAAGAAGAUCAUGAGCAAUUUGAAGCCAAAAAAAAACUUUUUGAUUUCUUCAUCUCCUGCAAUAGUGUCAAAUCUUUGGACGAUUGCUAUUAUGAAUCGUUUGAAUACUUCAAGCCUCUAUUCGGUUACAUUAUCACGAAAAAGUAUAUAAACAGUAACUCGUACGACGUCAAAAAUUUUGUGGAAAUAUUGGAUCGAUUUUUAACAAAAGUGAAGAGCACGCAAACCACUUCACGUGAUGUAAUACGCAUUAAAUUGGCGACAUUGAAGGAGAAAUUUCGCAUGCCGCAGAUAUAUUUCAGAGCCAAUGACUUAAACUAUGAGUAUCGGGAAUUGAGCAUCUAUCGGAAAAGCUAUAAACAUAACAUUAAAAAUUUAGAAUUAUAUCGUAAAACGAACUCGACCUAUGAGUAUGGCGUGCAACGUACUAUGUUAGAUUGGUCUUUGUACUUAUAUCAAAGCCGUAAUAAACCGAUGUCAUAUUUUUAUGCUACACUCAACGUGCACUUAUGGAUGACUUUAUACAAUAGUACGGAACGACAGCAGACUCUAGAAGUUGGAGGUCUUCAGCGACUUCUAGAAAUUGGUGAAUGCUUGAAAUUACCGCAAUUUGUUAAUGUAUUAGACGAGGCCCGUAUCUUGGCUGUUGUCUAUUUAAAAAGUUUCCGUAACGCCUGGGAAGGCUACCGAGAUUGGAUUACCGCUAGCACCGAACAUCAAGAAAUUUACGACGAGGAGAAUGAAAUUCUCGAGAAAUAUCGCUUAAAUAACAAGCGAUUAUUUUUUACGUUGUACGCACAAAAUUUUUGUGAGUUCGGACGUGAUCUCGCCGAGAAUGUCUUUUAUUUAGGCUUAAAACAAAAUCAAGAUUUUUUUAAAAUUUACUCAUGCAAUUAUAAACCCGAGAGCUUUCUAGACUGCCUAUGAAUAAAACACUUUUUUCAUUUAAGAAAUGAUUUAAAUUAAUUUUCAUUCUCUUUGCCAUCCUCGCUGUUCAGUAAACAGAAUUUUUCAAAAUAUUCUUGAGCUUCAGUGUGACCAUACAAACGCGCCAAGUCAAGACAAGUUAAAUCAAACAUAUCCUGCGCUUUCGUAUUAGCACCGUACGUUAUUAGCAACUCGAAAAUGCUGAGACCAGCAUUCAUAACCACUGCAAUAAAACGCACACGCAUUUGCGAACAUAGCAUAUGGGAGAAGAAGUGAUUUUUGAAAUUUAAUCCGCUUUAUAUAACCUACCGGAGCGCAUUAACA